CGCAGAAAGGCAUGCUGUGGGCUAAUGGUUGAUGUGGGAACCCGGCAGUCUCGAGACUCAUCUCGGUGGAGCCAGGCAGCCCUAUUGCAGUUGAGGAAAGCUGCAGAGCUCCCUCCACGUAGCCCAAAGUCCAGUGCGCAGGCGUGUGGGCGGGGCAGGCCCUUAAAGGGACCCCGGUGCGGAGUCGAAGCCCGGGGCUCUCUCCGGCAGGAAUGGGUGCUAGGCGCCCCGAGGAUCAGGCCUCGUUGGCGCUGAGUUUGGUUUCACCUCUGCGGACGUGUUCAAGAAGAGUCGCAGGUUAAGCGCUUUUCUUCCGGUCUCUAGCCCGCCUCGCUAUGGCUCACGUUGGCUCUCGCAAGCGCUCGAGAAGUCGCAGUCGGUCCCGUGGUCGGCGAGGGUCAGAAAAGCGAAGUAAGAAGAGUAGUAAGGACGCCUCGAGGAACCGUUCGGCUUCCAAAUCCCAAGGUCACAAGGCCAGCACCUCUGGUGCUGAGGAGAGAAGCAAGCACAAGGCCCGGAGGACAUCGAGAUCCAGUUCUUCCUCCUCCUCCUCUUCCAGUUCUUCUAGCUCCGCCACGUCCUCAUCCUCCAGUGAUGGCCGGAAGAAGCGAGCCAAGCACAAGGAAAAGAAGAAGAGGAAGAAGAAGAAGAAACGGAAGAAGAAGUUGAAGAGGAAAGGCAAGGAGAAGGCAGUGAUGGCGCACCAGGUUGAGGCUCUUCCUGGCCCCUCACUGGAUCAGUGGCACAGAUCAGCUGGGGAGGACAGUGAUGGCCCAGUCCUGACAGAUGAGCAGAAGUCUCGUAUCCAGGCUAUGAAGCCCAUGACGAAGGAGGAAUGGAACGCUCGACAGAGUGUUAUCCGAAAGGUGGUGGACCCAGAGACGGGACGCACAAGGCUCAUCAAGGGAGACGGUGAGGUUUUAGAGGAAAUCGUGACCAAAGAACGACACAGAGAGAUCAACAAGCAAGCCACCCGAGGGGAUGGCCUGGCCUUCCAGAUGCGAGCGGGCCUGCUUCCCUGAGCGCCCUGCCAUCCCAGGUGUGUGAACCACUGUUAGUGGCUUGGAGACUGAUGAGUCCAGGUGCCUUUUCUACUGUGCCUUUCCUACAGCCCAGCAUCCUCUUGGGUGCAGUGGGUGGCCCGAGCACCGAAUUUGGACAGCAGAGUGUCCCUAUUAAAUGAUGUUGGUCACAGA